AUGGACUUCCUCGCUUCCCAUCUGCCCCUCUCAUCCGACCCCAACCCUCCCACCCACCAAGCAGGCUCCUCGUUCGAAGGCUUCUUCAUCCGACUGCAGUCCCACAACGGCGCAGCCUCGCCACCACAGCCUCCCUCUUCCCCCCCGCCUGCAGCCUCGUCCUCGUCGCCCGCAUCCCUCGCUUCUCCAUCCACAGAUCGCCCCGAUUCAUCCCCCUUUCCGCCCUCUCCCCGCUCCCAGCCACAGCCCCAGACCGCGUUGCCAUCCAGCUCUCGACAUGCCGCUACGCAGGCGCAUCGGCCUGAUCCCAAUGCUGCAAACGUAUCGCCACCUCACGAGACCCCAGGUGACCUCAUCCUCGUCAUCUGCGAGCUCCAGAGCGCUCCGCCAGAAGAGAAAAUCUGCCUCUACAUGCGCUGGAUCGCCCACGGCGAGGAAUCCAGCCAGGCCGCCAUCCAACGACGACGCAAUCGCAAUGCCAGCUCCAGCUUCCUAGACCGCAUCGGCACAGGCCUCGACACUACAAGCGACAGCAUCCCCUUCUCGGCCAUCGACAUCCCAGCAACCUCGUCGCGCACCCGCUCCGGUCCAAAGUCAAACCACGCUCCACCCGCUCACGGAGAAACUGGCGAGACCGGGCCUCCCGCUUCCAAGCGGGAUCAGAGCUUUGAAACAGUCCAAUACAUUCCACGUUGGCGUCUCCGCCUCGGUCCGAGCGUGGAUCCAAGCUCGCCGCAGGCCUUCCGGAUCCAGCUGCCUUGCUCCGACGUCGUCGGCGCAUUGCUGGGCUCGCUAGAGGUCACCGACAACGGCAACCUUCGCGUCGACCUCACUCUGCCCCGCAGCGAUGGCGAGCAGGGCGCAACGCGGGUCCAGCUGUGCACCCAGCGGCGCGUCCCCUGGAACCCGGCCAGCGCGCAGCCAAGGUGGUAUGAUCGACUGCCGCUGAGCUCAAAGGGGCCCGAAGGUCUCCUGCAGCAUCUCGGCCUCCUGCUGCCUCUCCACUGGUACGUCCAUGCAACCCAGUCUCCCGCCACCUACACCAUCCAGCACAUCGAUUGCUCGUCUCCUGCGGGCAGCCCGGCUUCACAGAUCGUCUCGUCCGGCUCGGCCUCGGUCCACUUUGAGAAGAAUUGGGGCCACGGCUUCCCCACGGGGUGGCUCUGGUGUCAGGCAGCGAGCGAGAUCGUGCCCCAAAGCCGACCGGGCGCUUCCAACGACGACCUUACAGCGCAUAGGGAGCGCGACUCGGAUCCUCCUCGUCCGCUCGACGAAGGCAAGCCUCCGGAGGACAUCCGCGUCUCGUUGGCCGGUGGGUCGAUACUGUCUUUGACCGCGUUUCUGGUCGGCAUACGCAUUGGCACACGUAUCGCGUGGGACUUCAGGCCUCCUUUCGCUGUCGGCCCCGGCUUCGCCGUCGAAGACGCGCCCCGGUCCUACGUCAACUACGGCAUAGGUUUCAAGAUCCGUCGCGACUUUCCCAGCAAGGCCGUCAGGAUCGAGGUGUGGAAUCUCACGCGGUGGGCGAGGCUUGAGAUCAGCGGCGAUCCCGCCACGUUUGCCACCAAGAUACCUGGCCCCCGCCCAGGCGGGUGGACGCCGGGGUAUUGCCACCACUCGUAUCGGUGCCGGAUGCAGAUCACCCUCUUUGAGAGACCCUUGACCUCGAUCCCUUCGACCUUCAUCGCCUCGGCCCUGGCGAAUCCGAUGCGGAGCUGGUCCGACCUGAAGGCGCUGCUGCGCUGGCCCUCGACCGCCUCACCUAACAAGCUCAUCCGCCCGUCCAAUAUGAAUGGAACCGCUGUCGGGGGAAGGCUCCGUCGCCGCGCUCGUCGUACCGCAAGCAUGGACCCCGAUCCUCGCCUGGGUGAUCUGGAGGAAGAGAGCGAGGAGGACGAAGAAACGCUGCUGGCCCACGCGCGACGCAAGAUUGACGACGCGUGGUGCCGCACCUUUGGAUGGCAUCGCAUCGGCCAGUGGAGCUUGGAGGACAGGGUCGCCUUGGAAUUCGGUGGCGAUUUUGCACGGUAA